GAUCGCAAAUGGCACUGGAUUAAGACCAGAUGCUGCAAAAGUGAAGGACUGAGCAGGUUCAGGUUAUGGGUAUAGUUCAGUCAAGCACUACUAUUGCGCACAAGAUCCACUGUCAUGAAAAUGUAUAGCUCUAAUUUAGAUCAGGUGUGCAAGGACGGUGCUUAUACAUUGUUGGCAAUAAGCCUGGGCGGUGUGGAAAACAUUGAAUUAAUUCCUGGUCUGAAGCUGACGCUGCUCUGUUGUUGUGGUGAAAGGACGCUGUAGGCUGUGUCGAAGGGCAUGCAAAAGUGUCAACAUGUCACCAUGCUACAUAUUGUUGAUAUGACGCUUUUUUCGUGUACAAUAUUUAUACCAGCAUUAUCAUGAAUAAUAAGUUAUGGCAAGUUAUGGUAUGAAUCAUGGAAUUGACAUUGGCCUCCUUUUCUGGCUCAUCUUCUGCAACAUGAUGUCACCAUUGUCGAAGAGACAAGAAAAACAGACUUUCAAGGAGGUACCAGAUGAGAUUGAUGAGGCAAGGCCGGUGCCAGCGUCCAAAAAAUUACAUUAAGGAGGCCACUAAUGAAGAAGGUAAAAAAAAAAAAAAAAAGAUAAUCUUCAUCAAAAAAAUCCAGAAUAUCAAGUGGAGCCAGAAUUGGUUGUUGACUGUUCUGCGUACACGUUUGUCUGUCAUGAGGAGAUGCCCAGGAGGUUGAAUGAAAGAGUGAGCAGCUCCAACAAUUACACAAUUACAAAUACACAAACUUAAAUCUAUGACAUUUCUUUGCAAGUGCUGAUUGGUUUCUACUCAUUAUGAGGUAUAUUAACUUUUAUACAGUGUUGGUAUUUUGGUUCAGAAUUACUUCCACAAUAGUAUGACUUGAUUGUAAAAUAGGGAAGCAGCCUUAAAUUAAAAAAGUGUAUUUGCGUAUGCAUUGUUUUAAGCUUUCUCAAUUCAGCUGUGACCUUUUUGUAACCACAAAGCAUCCGACAUUUCACUCUACAGUAUUAGGUUUAAAAGGCCUUUAGAAUGACAAUAUGGAAGGAGGUAUUGUGAUGAAUUGACAUUAGCAACCAACUCUUGUUCUUUUUUCCCCUCUAGACCAGAGAAGAACUUAGCUGAUGUGAUCACUUCUAUGAUUGUGCUCCAUGCCAUGCGAUCUGGGUGUCUACAGAGCCAUCAUAGAGGAGUCAGUCCUAUGCACCACCAGUGCAGGAAUAACAAUAGAGCUCUUACAUCAGCCAGUGUUGACAGAGCUACAGCUAAACCACUGGGUUACCCUGCACAUGAAGUGCAACACAACAUGUUUGCCUCUCAACAUCCUGGGGAACCAAGAGUGGCCUUAUAUCCAUCCCAAAGACAACUUCAACAAAAUGUUUCAGCACUGCGUCACAGAGAGGACCCCCAAACAAGCUCUCACACGGCUGGAUUCCAGUACUUUAUUUCCAUGGGAGACAUCCGUACUUCUCAAAGCAGUUGCCACCAAAUGAGUCGAGAAGCUAAUGGACAGUUAAACUCAUCAGCAAGUGCCCCUCCUCAAUACAACAAACAGUUUUUGACAACUGCUACUGAAUAUGGUGCUCAACAAUCUAUGAUGCAAUUUGAUUCAUCAAGGAAAUUUACCAAUCAAUGUUUUAAUAUUAAUCCUUGGAAAAGGUCCAAUACAAACAAUAAUACUAAACUGGCACAAACACAAGCAAAUCCUGCAUUAUCAAGGCAUCACAGUUCUGCAGGGUGUCAUGAAAUCAGCCACAACACUUCAGAGAGUCUGCUUCAACAUUGCAACACAAACUUUUGUUAUACAGCAGCCUCUCAUGUAUCGGUGCAAACACUGAAGGAGUCUUUCCCACUGCUGGCAUCUGCUCUGUCAGAAACGUCUCCCAACACAACCACAAGCUUAACCCAAACCUCAAACUAUGGACUGCCUGGACCCAUGGUGGUGUCUGAAGCCAGUUUCCAAGACAAAUAUUGUACACCUGUAAAUUCUGCUUUUGCCUCACAGGAACAGGGCAGUUGUUCCAUCUCCAAUGAGCGCUGUAGCUCCUCUCCAUUUCUCAGCUCUCGGCCAAUACUCACUGAUGACCAAAUACUGGACCAUGUCAGAAAAAGGCUUGUGGCUAUAAUGAGAAACAGCCAAGGAAGUAAUGGCUGGCUGGAUUCCACAAAGGAGAGGAUUAGAAGAAAGGAACAGAAGCAGUCUGAUUGCAGAUCCAUUGUGCCAAAAGCUGACAGUGUUGCUAAUUCACCUGCAACAUUUAAUCAAUUAGAAAAGCCACCGCGAUGCUCUGGUGGUGAAGCAUGUGAGGAGGACAGCCCAUGGAAGACCAGAUCCAACGCUGAGUUAAGUCAGAAGCUUAAAAAGAAGAAUGACUGUACCAGAUCAACACCAGAGAAACAUUCAAAAGGUACACCAAUCUAUACUGUUGAAACCUCAAAAGAUGCUCAUAAAAAUGAAUCUGUUGAGAAGAGUACUUUAGAUUUUGACGUAAAGAAACAAUUGGAUGUAACUGUGUCUGCAGGUUGUGAUGGCAAACCCAUUUAUUCCCAAGAUAAGCAAUAUGUCACUAGCAAUGAUGAAAGUUUCAACACUAAAUGGUGUCACAAGACCUUAAAGAAUGAGUUAUCCACUCUUCCAGUACUUUGUUAUUCAUUAAAUGCAUUGAAGCAACUGGUGGCUAGUUUGGAAAGUAUAAAGGCCAUUGCUGAGAUGGACAACAUGUCUGACACCAUAUUGAAGCAGUAUUGGAAUGGGAAUAUAGAUAACCUUCAUGUCUUUACAUCCACAGACUAUCCACAAAUUAUGAUGAGCGUCGCGGCCACUUGCACAAAGAAUGAAGAGGAGAGUCCCGUGGUUCUCACUGCAGUGUCUGGAAUGACCUUGGAUGAUCUAGUUGAGGGAGAUCCCACUUCAAAAUCACAUGAAGAAUACAAGUCUUGUUGGUUGAACACCAACAAAAAUCUGGAUGACAUCGACCAAGGGUCUGGUGUUUUUUUGCCUCUGAAGUGCAUACCAGAGAAAGAAGGAGCCAAAAGCCUAAAACCAGCUGCGGUAGUAGAAUUAAAUAUUUCUCAGGUUGUGCCCGGUGGUGUCUCAGAGGAUUUUAAAGCCAACUCAAGGUCAGUGCUAUCUGAAAACCGAACUCAGGAGAACCAACAUGUAAGACCAGGCAAACGGAAAAAUGUUUUGGAUCCACAACAUGGCAGGGUGACUGGUAAGGAAGGCCAAAUUCAUAAACAAGUAUCCUUGUUAUCAUCUUUGAAUCCAAGUGAAAGGCGUUACAAGCAGACAAAUCAUAAUACACAAACUGAAGUUGAAAUUGAUGCGCUGGAGGCUGGAGAUCCAGUGUGUUCACAAAUUGGGCAAAGCACAGCACUUUCUGGAAACAAACGUGAAAUCCAGGCUGUAUCUGGAGAUAAGGGCAAGGGAUCAACCUUUCAAGAGUAUUUAAGAGACCCACAGUAUGAAGACGUUUCAGAAGAUGAAAGUUCAACUGAAAACAUAGCUAUAGAUUCAGAGCCAAUUUUGCAGGUGUCAUCAAACAAGGAAAAGGAGUCAAGCUUUCCUCCGUCUUUUAAAGUUCCAGAGUAUGAAAACAUAAGCGAUGAUGAAAGUUCACAAAAUCAAGAUGUGACUGUGUUGCCACAGUCAGUUACACCACUAUCUGAAUGCAACAGUGAAAAGUGUCCACCUGGAAAUCAAGGUGCAAUUUCAGAUAUGGAACUGAUUCCACAGAAGCAAGUCCUACAGAGGACAGAAAAGUGUCAGUCAGCGCAAAUGUGCUGUUGUCCAAUUUAUGUUGAGACUGAAGAUGGUUUUGAAAGCCAGUUGUGCCCCAAAUGUGAGACUGAGAGACAGCUUCCACAGGAAACAAAUUUGUUCAGUCAUUCUUUGCAGUCAAAACCUUCUAAUGAGAAGGACAGGAUGGAGGCUGCCAAAGAAUCAGCCAGGCCAACAUUGGCAGGAUUACGCUAUAGCAGUAUAACCAAAAGGAAAACUUCACCAUGCAAAGUUAUAACCAAGAACGAUGGUCUUCAGUAUCAGAAAGUAACACAACCCGGUGGUCCACAACAGAUAAGAGAGCCACAACAUGAGAACGUAUCAGUGGAAAUAUCUCCACAAAGUGAGGAUUUGGCAGUAAAUGAAUUCAAAAGUGAAACUAAAACAGAGGAUGAGAUGGAAGAUGACUGGAUUACCAUACCUAUAGUGAUAUCACAUCUUAAUGAUGCGACACAGCAUGGUGAGAAUGGGCACAAAACAAGAAUAGGUCAAAGAAUCCUAACUCACUCUGAACUAUAUCAGUCUACUUCAAAGGCUGCACCAGCUUCUACUACCACCAAUGCUACCACUGCCACCCCUAGUACUACUCCUACUCCUACUAUGGAAGUGUUUGAGACGCUUGAAAGCUAUCUGCAAGCAAAAACAAAUCAGCUGGGGAAUCGUUUUUAUUAUCAAGUGUCAACUGAAUCUGAAAUAGAUCAGUCCCGGUCAAAGGAUCAGGAGGCAGUGACUAAGACAUCAGGCAGGAGCACACCUUCACUUGAAGUAGAGCCUAUGAGGAAACACUCAAGCUCUAGUGAAACUGAAGACAGUUCUGAUUACUCAGAUUCUUCAUCAGAGCUUAACUUUAAAAUUGUGUCCAGUCAAUACUGGGAGAAGAGGUCACAAGUAAAGACCAUGCAGGGGUCAGCAAAUCUUUCCUCUGAUAAAGAUGUAUGUGUAGAGUCUGAAUCAGUGAGUGCAGAUGGUGGGUUUACAGAUGUUAAAAAACAAACAAACAGGACAUUCUCCAAAGCUGAAAGGGACAGCUCUGAUCAAUCGGACUGUCUGAGCACAAGUACACAGUUGGUUCAGCACAGCAAGACCAAGAGACAAAAAAUGUCCGAGAGGAAAGGUACAGUCAUAUUUGCAUCUCAAACAGAGUCUAAAAAUGACGAAGACAGCAGAAAGAAGGCAAAGAAGAGAUUUCUCUCAAGAACAGGGCACAGUUCAGAUGACCAGUUGAUUCCACAAAACCAACAUUCAGCCGAAACUGUGAAAAAUCAAGGGCCAACUGCAGUAACAGAACCAAGACCUCGAAAAGCCAGACUGUCUGAGGACUCAUCUCUGCCACAUCAGUCUGUGGACAGAGUGGAGUCCCCUUCAAUCCCUGAUCCUGUGAUUGCACGCCUUGUUGUGCAAGUGCCUUCUGACCCCACUGAUCACCUGAAACUUACAAAAGCUACAUUCCACAAGCAGAGGAAAGCUCAGUCCUCAAAGCCCCCCACCAAAACUAACGAAAAGAAUGGCACCUCUAAUAUCAGGCAAAAGUCACAGUUGCAAAAAGAUAAAGGAAGCAGUUUAUCAAAUAAAAAAGCUGACGGUUGUUCAGUGGCACACCAACAAUCAAAGACAUCAGAGAAUGAGACCAGGACCACUGUCAAAAACUGCAAAUCGGUUUCAUGGAACCCCAUGCUCUUUAUCCAAGAUGCCCCGUCCACCUCCACAGACAGCAUGGCUUCUGCAAGAAGACCCCCCUCUUCAGCCAGAGAGAGCUUGGCUUCUCUGUCCAGAGAGGGCUCAGGAUCCUCAAGGACCUCUCAUUCUGAAUCAAAACAGUGCCUGCAGAUACUGAGAAAUGAGUGGCAGAAAAGCUAUUUCCCAACCCGGAGAGACAAAAAAUCUGUCUUGGACAGAGAGGAGGAACCAAGAACCAGUCCCACUCAUUCUAAAAGCAUGGCUACUGGACAACAGUAUUAUGAUGCUGGGAGGGAAGCUAGGCCAGGACCAAGUCACUCUGACAGGUUGCCAAGGCAAAGGCACAGCUCGCAUGAGUCUGCUACCCCACUGAUGAAGAGGACCAAACAUCAGGCCAUGCUCUGGACAAAGGCCAGACAUCGUGAAGCACAACAUGACCAAAUUCUUACUGCAGGAGCCUCUGUGGGUGAAGGUUACAAGUGGGCAGAGAAGACCCCAGCAGCAAGAAAACCAAAGGAUUACAGACCGGAUAGGAAGAAGAGUCGAUCCUGUUCAAUGCCAACUCUGUGAGGGUAAAGUGGUCAGUGACUGUAAUAAUGCCCGGAGGGAGAGGGACUCAGGAGGGGAAAAAUUACUAGUUCAAAUUGUAACUAACUGAAACUGGCAUGAUUUUGAACACAUGCCCUUUUAUUUUCACAAAUGUACAAAUUAUACCUUAAAGGUUUCUUCAUUCCUAUGUUUAAUUUUAACAGUGUUUGUUUAUAUUCAAUGUGUCUGUGUUCAUCUGCUGUUGGCAAGCUGUAAAACUGUAAACAAAAACUGUGUGCAGCUUUAUUUUUACACUGGCUACCUAAGUGAAAUGCAUAUUACUACUUGAAUGUCCUAUGUUUUGCUGUUCUGUACAGCCUCCUUUUCUUCUUUGUCUUCGUCUUCUUUUUUUUUUUUUUUUGGUCCUGUAUAAGAGCAGCUACAGUAAUGUCUAAGUUGACAGAGAUCAAAGUCAAAAUGUUCAUAACUUUUGAGUUUGGAAGAAUCUGAUUAUUUAUUUUGACCAAAGGACCACGUAAAACAUUAAAAUAAUAACAGUUAAUAAAAAAAUGUAUAACUUCUAGAAAAUCUAGAAUACACCAUUAGCUCUCAAAAUGUGUUAGAUUUGAAGGAUCCUACUAUACAGACCUACUGCCCUCCAGUGGAGACAAGAGUGUAUUACUCAUUUUCCAUUGCCUUCACUAACUGCACUUGGUACGGUCAAUCUGCAUCGUGUAAUAAAUAAUAAUAAAUUUGUUUAUUAUUACAACUGAUCAUUUCCUUUUAUCAAUACACUGUAAUAUGAUAUAUUUGAUAUUAUUCCAUGUUUACCUUUUUAUGUUUACAGGUUUUUACUUGUUAAAGAAUGCUUUCCUGUUUAGGUUGACAUUGGUUUUGCAAUACAAUAUAUAAGUAUUACACUGUGGUUGACCGUGGUUAUGUUGUUCAACAAUGUUUUAUUAUUUUUAGUGUUAAUGUAUAUUACAUAAAAUGUCUAAAGAAAUGCAUUCAUUGUUAUGUGUGGUCAUUUGUAGUUAAAAUGCAAUUUAAAUGUCACCUACUGCAA